AUGUCUGGUUCUCUUUGGGUUGCCUGGGCUCAUGCUGAGUUAAUGAAGUCAGUCUCAUUCUGGGAUGUUAAAGAGACUGCUAAGGGAUCUUGGCUAUGGCGUAAACUACUUAAGUUACGACCGCUGGCUGCUUCUUUCUUGCGAACAGAAAUACAGAAUGGUGAAUCAAGUUAUUUCUGGACUGAUGACUGGCUAGGAACAGGAAGACUGAUUGAUGAAACAGGAGAGUUGGGGCCUCGUUAUCUUGGGGUUCCUCGUCACGCACUUGUUGCUGAUGUUUGUGAAAGUGGAGUUUGGCAAAUGAGAAGUCGAGGUAGAAGAGUCUUUCCGGAUACGUAUGACAGAAUUGAGAAUGCUCGACGGCCAGAUGAGUCUUUGGGCAGGGAUGUGAUUAUGUGGAAGCAUGAUGAUGGUAUAUAUAAAGAUCAGUUCUCUUCUGCUAGAACCUGGGAUCAGUUAAGAAUCAGGGGUCAUGAGGUUUCCUGGCACCACUUGGUCUGGUUUCCCCAAGGAGUUCCUCGCCAAGCUUUCAUUGUAUGGUUGGCGAUUCGAGAUAGACUAUCUACGGGAGUACGUAUGCGGAGCUGGGGACUUACGCAAGGCUGUGUUUUCUGUGGAGAAAGGGAUGAAAGUAGAGACCAUUUAUUUUUUGCUUGCCCUGUCACUUACACUAUCUGGACUACUCUCACAGCACAUCUUUUGGGAGCUUCUGCUAAUCCUGACUGGACGAUUACGGUUGCCUCUCUCCUGAGACCGAAUCGACCUAAGUUGGAUACUAUUCUUCUGAAAAUGGUCUUCCACUCUUCAGUGUAUCUCAUUUGGAGGGAACGCAAUUCACGUCGGCACCAAGGGCCCUGUCGAUCUACGCAUACUCUGAUUGGGCAGAUUGACAAAGCCAUUCGCAAUAGGAUCUCUUCUCUAAAGUAUGUUGGGAAUCACAAGCUAGCAGGUUUGCUUACAAGAUGGUUUGAAGUUUACUCAAGAUGA